AUGAGUAACAUAGUGAAUCAUAGUGUGCUUCCGGAAUUAGCCGAAGAUAAUGAGGAAAAUUGCCAAGAUAAUGAGGGUCCUCCGUUAAAUGACGAAGUAUCAGGAGAAUACAAUGAUCUUGUCCCUAAGGUUGGAAUGAAAUUCAAUUAUGAGAAUGAAAUUUAUGAAUUUUACAAACAAUAUGCUUACCAUGUGGGUUUUCCAAUAAAAAAAAGGAAUUCGAAGAAGGGUGAGGAUGGGGUCGUAAGAUAUGUGACUUAUGCAUGUAGUCGAGAGGGCAAAAGAACUAGUCAAGCUAGCACUUCUUUGAAGCCUCAACCAACAAUUCGAAUAGGGUGUAAAGCUAAGAUCACAGCCAUAUUAGUUGUUUUAGGAACAUGGCAAAUAAGCACCAUCCAUCUUGAGCAUAACCAUGAAACAAGUCCAAGCAAAUCUAGGUUGUAUAAAUGUAAUAGACAGUUGAACGAUCAGGUGAAGCGACAACUUCAAGUUAAUGAUAUAGCUGGAAUCUCGCUACAGAAAAGUUAUAACUCAGCUGUUGUUGAGGCUGGUGGGUAUGAGAAUCUGACAUUUGUGGAAAAAGAUUGUAGAAAUUAUAUUGAUAAGGUGAGAAAGUUAAGACUUGGGGAAGGAGAUGCUAUUGCUAUUCAAGCGUAUUUUUCUAAAAUGCAAGCCCUUUGUCCGGGUUUCUACUUUAGUGUCGACUUGGAUGAAGAGUAUCAAUUGAGGAAUGUAUUUUGGGCGGAUAAUAGAUGUAGACAAGCGUAUAAGGAAUUUGGCGAUGUUGUGACAUUCGACACCACAUACCUGACCAAUAGGUACGACAUGCCAUUUGCUCCAUUUGUUGGUGUAAAUCACCAUGGGCAGUCGACACUAUUUGGAUGUGGUCUACUUUCGAACGAGGACACUAGGACUUUUGUGUGGCUAUUUAGUACAUGGCUUCAGUGCAUGGAGGAUCAAGCUCCCACUGGAAUAAUCACUGACCAGGAUAGGGCUAUGCAAAACGCAAUUGAGAUAGUUUUCCCUAACACGAAGCACAGGUGGUGUUUGUGGCAUAUACUAAAGAAGUUGCCUGAAAAGUUUGGGAACCAUAGUUACGAGGCUUCAAUUCUUUCGGCUGUACAUGAUGUUGUGUAUGAAUCACAUAGUCCUGAAGUAUUCGAGCAAGGUUGGAGUUUAAUGAUUAAGAAAUAUGCACUGCAUGACAACGAUUGGUUGUCUGGACUAUACACACAAAGAGCCCGUUGGGUGCCAUGUUUCUUGAAAACUAGUUUUUGGGCAGGAAUGUCAACAACCCAGCGGAGUGAGAGCAUGAAUGCAUUUUUUGAUGGUUAUGUACACUCAAAAACUUCAUUGAAGCAAUUUGUUGAACAAUAUGAGCGUGCAUUGAGGUCUAAAGUUGAAAAGGAGUUUCAGGCAGACGUUAAGUCAUUUUCUCAGAUGGUCCCAUGCGCAUCGAGAUAUCCCAUGGAGAAACAAUUUCAAGAAGUAUACACAAUCUCAAAAUUCAAGGAGUUUCAGAAUGAGUUCACAGGGAAGAUGUAUUGCGAGGUUGUGUCUAUCGAGGAGGGGUCGCUUGGUACGAGGUACAAGGUGCGCGAAGAUAUCAUAUUUGACGAAAGAUUCAAGGAGAGAAAAUUUUCAGUUGAUAUUGACAAAGAGAAAUGCAAUUUUAUUUGUAGUUGUCAUAUGUUUGAGUUUAGGGGAAUAAUAUGCAGACAUAUGGUCACAGUAUUGAUUCGAGAUGGUAUCAGAUCACUUCCUGACAAGUAUAUCUUAAGGCGGUGGAGGAGAGAUCUCAGUAGAUCCUACACGAGAGUAAAGAUUAAUUAUAACGGUUGGAUUAGUACGCCUAGUCAGUUAAGAUACGAUAAGCUGUGCAGUGUGUUUGCAAAGAUUGCAGACUUGGUUGCAGAUGAUGAAGAUAGUACCCGGGAAACUAUGGAGUGGAUGGAAUCUCAAUUGGCUGCAUUGAGGAAAUCUAAUACGAAGCCUAGUUGUGGUAGUAAUAUACAUGUUGAAGAUAGUGUGCAAGAACAAUUUCCUGAUUCUGGAGAGGCAGCUACAGCUUCAAGCGUGCAAAUUUUGGAUCCAAGAUGCUCGCAGACAAAGGGAGCCCCUAGGAAGCUUCGCAAUAAGGGUCCAUUGGAAACGAGUUCUAAGAAAGCGAAGAAGGUGCCAUUGGAAAGGAGUUCCAAAAAAGCGAAGGUGGGAUCCUCGAAAGUAAACGAAGGCAAUGCUCCGAUGCAAAACAUUAUUCAAGACAAUCAAGUAUUUAGUGAAGGAUUUACACAAGGACAAUAUCACGAUUUGGCAUCAUUCUCAUGCUCAGAAUUAAUGGCUUCUUUUGGUACAGCUCAACCCUUCAUGCCAAUGUACGUGCCCCAUCCACAACCCGAUGACAACCCACCAGAUGCAAAGAAGCACAUGGAAUUUGUUUGUCGAAUGAAGCACUACAUUACCAUGCCUCUCUUCAUAGAUAGGACAGCCAAGGUGAAACGUUAUGAGCAACUUCCAGCCUCUCAAACAUGCUACAUUGUGGUAUAG